AUGCAAAGAGCAAGUCUUCUUGCUUAUUACGAUACUCUUUUAGAAAUGGGUGGAGAUGACGUACAACAACUUUGCGAUGCGGGAGAAGAAGAAUUUUUAGAAAUAAUGGCAUUGGUAGGAAUGGCAUCAAAACCAUUACACGUAAGAAGAUUACAAAAAGCAUUACAAGAAUGGAUAACAAAUCCGGCCAUGUUUCAAACACCUCUUUCGUCAGGGUUGGUACCAACUACCAAUAAUAUUACCCACGUGGUUAACAGACCGUUAAAUUCUGUUGUGACCAACGUGACAACGACAGGAACAUCCGCUAUAAAUUUAUCAUCGACGCCUUUAAAUACUCAAAAUGUCAGUAAUCCGACGAAAGAAGUAGUACCUGUGGUAGUAUCAUCGCAGGAUUCAUUUCAGGUCGCAAGCGAAGUAAACAAUCAAAGAGAGGCCAUAAUCCGUGGUCCUAGUCCCAGUCCGACGAUCCUAAAUCAACCACCGGGAUCACCAUCAAAUCAAAAUCCCGUUUUGUCAGAAUGUCAAAUUAUAAAAUUGUCAGAAGCAGCAGAAGCAUUGGUGAAAACAUUACCACAAUUCGAACCGAAACCGCAAAACGCGAAGAAGAAAAUUUGUAGAAAUUUAGAAAAAGUUAUGAAAAUGUCGCGAGAUGAUCCACAAAGAAUGGACGAAAUAAGAAAAUAUUCAGCCAUUUAUGGUAGAUUCGAUUGUAAAAGAAAUCCACAAAAGCCAUUAACCUUUCACGAGUUCCGGCUAUCCAAAAAGGCAGCACAAAUUUGUAAAAUUUCUCCAGCACUCCUAACGAGAAGAGAUGAUUUAUUUGCAUUGGCAAGACAAAUCGUUAGAGAUUCUGGAUAUCACGUGACAAAAGGACAUUCCAGUUUCGUUGCCGGCGGUAAAAGUUUCAGUUACCAAUUAAAUUACAAAACACAAGAAGAUAAUAAUAUUAAUUGUCCGAAGAAAAUCAGAGUCGUCGAUGACGAAUCUUCAUCUUCAAGUUUAAACGAUUCGAAUUUCGAAUUUGAUAAAAUUAAAAGACAAGAUCGUUUGGAUCAAAUAGCGGAAGAAUUGAGGAUUUUAGGGAGUAAAACGGAAGAACUGGUACAGGCGGCACAAGAAAUAAGGCAAAAAAAUGACGUGUCGUCUGCUCAAACGUUACAACAACAAAUGGAAAUGGUUCAAAAUAAACAAACUCAAUUGUUGUUAGAACAAAGCGAACUUUUAAAACAACCGCUACCGUCCAGGUUUUACCGCCGAAACGGAAAUAAAAAUCAAACGGAAAAUGAUAAACAACCGGAUACGGAUGAUACAGAUUCGCAAUUUUCAUUAAGUAACGCAAGUUCUCCCUCACAGGAAGUGGGAGAUUCUAGAGAUUCACUUCUUCGUGAUGUUGAUAAUUAUAAUUCGAACGGGUCACCUUCGACAAUAAAAACCCCAUGUAAAGUUGGGAAACAGGAGUUUCUUCGGGGAGAAGAAAAUGAUUGCGACGUCGUUAAGGGAACGUACCGUGAUGAAACGUAUGGAUUUUAUUCAUAA